AUGAAAAGAGAGUGCAGGCUAUUUAAACGAGAGCAAGAUAGAGGUAACGAAAACAAUAAUGCCAGGCACACGACCACAACUACCUUUGGUGGAAAUGAGGUAAUUAUUCUAUGUGGUGAUGGCUUCGUUAAUUUUUCCUCUCAAGGUACAUGCUGGAUAGUAGAUUCUGGUGCAUCAUUUCAUGUCACCUCACAAAGGGACUUCUUUACAUCUUACACCAAUGGAGAUUUUGGUAAUGUGAGGAUGGGAAAUGACAAAUUAUCCAAGAUCGUGGGAAGAGGAGAUAUUUCCCUUGAAACCAACACAAGUUCUCACUUGGUUCUCAAGGAUGUGAGACAUGUUCCAGACAUGCGUCUCAAUCUAAUCUCCACUGGAUUACUUGACGAUGAAGGAUACACCAAUGUCUUUGCUAAAGGGAAAUGGAAACUCAACAAGAACUAUCUUGUCCUAACAUGGGGGAAGAAGGAGAACACCCUAUACAUGACACAUGCAAAAGUCAAUAAUGGGUACGUAAAUGCUCUCGCAGAAGACUCAAUCGAGCUUUGGCAUAAACGGGUCCGUCGCAUGAGAGAGAAAGAGUUACAAAUUCUAGCCAAAAGAGAGGCACUAACUGGGAUGAAGAAAGGCAUGCUUCUAAAAUCAUGCAUGCAUUGCUUGGCUGGAAAGCAGCAUAGAGCUUCGUUUCAAUAUGGACUUGCACAAAGAAAACCCAAUGUAUUGGAUGUUAUGUACUCUGAUGUUUGUGGUCCUAUGACCACUAGCACUCUUGGUGGUGCAAGAUAUUUUGUUACCUUCAGUGACGAUCAUUCGAGGAAGACUCCUCAGCAUAAUGGCAUAGCUGAGAGAAUGAACAGAACAAUGUUAUCUCAUGCCAAGCUGCCCAAAAGCUUUUUGGGUGAAGCCCUAAUGACUGCAGUUGAUCUAAUCAACCUUUCUCCUUCAGCUCCUUUGAAUAGUGAUGUCCCAAACAAGUUAUGGUCAGGAAAAGACAUUUCCUACAAUCAUCUGAAAGUGUUUGGUUGUAGAGCUUUUGUUCAUAUUCCUAAAUAUGAGAGAUCUAAGCUCGAUGUGAAGUCAAAAGAAUGUAUCUUCAUGGGAUAUGGGAAUGAAGAAUUCGGUUACAGACAUGAUAAACUUGAUAAUCCUAGAGAAUAUCCAGCUAACUUGGAUCCAAUUCCUCCUCCAUUGGAGCACAAUGACAGGCGAGAUGAAUACAAUGAUACUGAUAAUCCAGCUAGUGAUCCUAUUAUUAAUGAACCAGCUGAUGAUGAUGUGAGUGAUGGUCAUACAACUGAUGGUAUAAUAGAUGAUGUAGUUGAUGAGGGGCAAGAAGCAAAAACCCAUGAAGAGCCCGCCGCCGAGUUCCAACCAAGAAGAUUGACCAGGGUACGGAGACCUCCGAGUAGGUAUUCUCCAAAUGAUUAUGUUCUCCUAACAGACGGGGGAGAACCAGAAUGCUAUGAAGAAGCAUUGACUCAUGAUCAACAAGAUGAGUGGUUGAAAGCCAUGCAUGAAGAGAUGCAAUCUAUGCAUGAGAACCACAUGUAUGAUCCAAUGAACUUACCAGAAGGUAGAAAAGCACUCAAGAAAAAAUGGGUGUAUCGACUGAAGAUGGAAGAAAAUAACUCUAAGCCCAGGUUUAAGGCAAGGAUAGUUGUGAAAGGUUUCAGUGAGAAGAAAGGAAUUGACUUUGAAGAGAUUUUCUCACCCGUUGUGAAGAUGUCAUCCAUACGGGUUGUACUCAGUUUGGCUGCAAGCCUAAAUCUCAAGAUCGAAUAG